UUCAGUUGAUUAUUCUGGAAUUUUGUUUUUGUUUUGGGAGGGGGAGGAGGGAGGGGGGGAGGAGAGGUGUAUUCAAUUGAGAUUUGACAAAUUCACUAUUAUUCAAAUAUGAAUUAAAAAAGAUAUUUAAAAUCUAGUGUUAUUGAACUUGACAUUUUAUGAAGUACUCUGAAAUCCAGUGCUAUUAAUAAUAUUCUAAGUUGUAUAGUUUUAAAUUUUUCAAAUGAUUUUAAAGUGUUUUGGAAGAAUUUAUUAGUUAAAAAAUUAAAAUUCAAAUCUCAUGGUUUUAGUUGAUAUUCUAGGAUGAUUAAACAAAAAUCACUUUAAUCCAUGCAAUUCAUUAAAAUCAUCUAAAACCUUAUUAAAGAUCAAACAUAUUUUGCAAGAGACCCUUCAAUACUUUGAAUAACUGAACAUUGUUAUGUGAUCUUCUAAUAUCUUAAUAUAGCGAUACUUUAACACUGAGAAAACAUUGUGUUGUCUUUUAACCAUUUUUAUUUUUCUAAAGAUAGCUAAGAAAAGUAGUAGAAAUGAUAUGUUUUUCUAGAUCUAAUCAAAGUUUCCACUGUCUCUCUCUUCCUUACAACCAUUGGAUAUGAAAUUAUUUUGUAAGCAAAAGCGUUUUUUUAAGCCAUCUUUUAAAUGCACAAGAGUGAUUUCAUUGAAGAAAUAUUAGAGGUAUAUUUAUAGUAUAAUGAAUUAGAUUAAAUCGUUGAGUACCAAAAAGUUUGAAGAUUAGCUAAUUGCACUGAAGUCGGAUAUUAUCUUCAAAAUUGUUAGUUAAAAAAAAACAUAUAUACAUAAUAUCAAAAUUUGUGAGAAAGUCAAAGAUUUCAGUUAAUAUUGUAUCAUAUAUUUACGCACAUAUAUUUGCUUUAAGUGUAAAAAAUCCUAUUUGGUUCCUAUAUAAAUAUUUAGGAUGAACUCGUUUAAGUAAAUCAGUAAUAGAAAAAAUAAAAAAAUCAAGACGGUAUAGUAUAUACACUUUACUUAUCAUAUUUUGUGGCUACUACUAUCUUUUUCGAAUUGAACGUAGAUGAUUUGUUGGGUUAGAAAGAAUAAUUGAUGAUCAUAUAAUAAAUUCAAACAUAUAGACACAAUAUAACACUAUUCAUAAUUUCUUGCAAUUUUGGAAACUCAUAUUAAACCGGAUUGGUUUGGUUGGUGCUAACUAUUUGACAAUUUUUCUGGAUCAAGAAAAGAAAAUGAAAAAUGGCUUAGCUUCUUCAACUUUUGUUUAAUAUGGUUAUCAAAAUAUGAUACAGGUAACUGAUUCAGCAAUGAUAGGAUAAAAAAUAUUCAUGUUCUUUAAGUGAUGAUGAUGUUGGUAAGAGAAAAGAAUCAAGGGUCAAUCAACUUAAAGCCAAGUUUCAUAUACACGAAAAAGAGGUCCAAUGAGAGUUAUUCUACAGCUAAUCUAAUUCUAUAUAGCACUCGGUCUAAUUUUAUUUUAAUUUUGAAUUAAUAGGUUGGUUUACUUAUAAUAGAUUACACGUUGAUUUAGUUUAAGUUGUCCAGUUUUAUUAUCAUAGUAGCGUGCUAUAUGUUAUAUAUAACUAAUAACUCUAAAUGGUCCAUAAAUUAAGUAGCUUACUAACAAACUUGAAAGAGUCUAAAAUUUAAAUGACAACUUUAAUAGUAGAUAAAUUUAGGACUCUAUUUUAAUAGAGUAGAUAGAUUAGAGUUGAUAAAUCAUCUCACCAAACUUAGUUAUGCUUAUUUAUUUAUUAUAUAUUUAAGAGAAAAGGGUACCAACCAAAUCUUCUGUUAGCUCGUGCUUACCGAAACAGACAGACAGACAAAUUGCAAAGAAGAAGAAACUUCAACCGAAGAGUAGCUGAUUAGAGUAACUGUAGCGACGUUUUCCCUCAAGGGAUCUCUGAUGCGAGUUUUUUUUAUUAUUUUUCUUCCGUUGAGGCAUAAAGCUGAAACAAAACGAAACCUUUGUUGAGAUUUUAUUGUUCCUCUGGUUCGUAAAGUUCGUCUCUUUUCUCUCAUGCGGAUCUCGAUUCUGGAACCUGGGAACUGAAAACCCUUUUUGUCUUUUUUGGAGCAAAAAAAUGGACCCGGAAAGUUGUUUGAGAUCGAUCAGUGUUUGUGAAAGUUCGAGUGGAUCUGUGCUUGUCAUGGGUGAAACCAGUGACUCUGUCUCAAAACAUGUGUUGGGGGAAGAACAAAACGAGACUAAACUGCAACAAGGGAAAGAAAAUGAUUCAAGAACGGGCAAAGAUGAGUGCUGUAACGUUUCAGCACAUGCUGUCCAUGAGGUAGAGAAGGAUACUUCAACACAUGUUUCAGGAGAGAGUGAUGCUUCAGCAAAGGAAAAGGCUGAGGAGUUCCACGUGGUUGAUUUGAGUAGUUGUGGAGGAGAAAGUGAUAAUGGGCAAAGUAUCUGCAGGAUAUGUCAUGUUGGGUCUGAUCAAACACCUGAUAGAGUUUCUGGUAAGACAGUAGUAAGCCUGGAGUUGAUUCAGAUUGGUUGCAAAUGCAAAAACGAGCUUGCCCUUGCCCAUUUUCACUGCGCAGAAGCUUGGUUCAAGCUAAGAGGAAACAGUGUGUGUGAGAUCUGCGGUUGCACAGCAAAGAAUGUUACAGUUAGCUUGACAGAGGAGGAGUGGAGCGAAGUAAUAGUAGACACAAGAGUGGAUGAGAGAAGAAGACAUAGUAGACAAUCUUGCUGCGUCCUUAUUUUUAUUAUUCUCACUCUCAUUCUGAUUCAUUGGGUUUUCAAUAAGCUAAGUACAAAACCAAAUGAAUGAACGACAUGAAUUUAGUUUGUAAGUAUAUGUUGGUAAUAUUAUCAUAUGUUUCAGACACUAGAUUAUACAGUCUCUAGAUCUAAUCUAAAUUCUGAUUAAGAGUUUAAUA